AUGACUCCCAUGAAGGACGCAAAGAUGGGUCUAGAGAAUAGAUUCUACAACACCCGCGCCAGAGCCCCGGCCUUUCCGACGGUGCCGGCCUGCCCGCCGUCGACAUGCGAGUGCGCCGCGACGCCCCCGAUGCCAGACGGGCUGGAGAUCGACCACAAGGGCAAGCUGAACGGGCUCAUCUCAAACUACAGCGAGCAGGUGCUCAUAUGCACGGGCAAGGACGACUGGCCGUCGCGGAUAGAGGAGGACAACAGCGGCGACAACCUCGCCGCCGACCUCAAGGAGCUCUUCGGCCGGGGAGGUGUCUACAGUGACCCGUUUCACAACAUCUCCAUGCUCAACUCGUCGUUCGCGUCCUCUGUCCCCAGGAGGACGGAGCUCGUCACGACGUCGGUCUACCUGCUACCCAGCUUCAAGUAUGUGCCCUUCUUGCCGAGGGUGUCCUUCGACAGUGUCGAGGCGCUGGCGAAGGGAUUUUUGCUUCCGGAGAAGCUGCACCGUGCGCACGAUGGGUUGUCGCCGAUACAUCGCGACCGUCUGACGCGCAAGCCGAUGUGUGGCCAGCUGCUCUACGGUGUGAGGGAUGUUGAGGACAUCAUGGUCCUCAUCUGCGGUCACGGUGGGAGAGAUAUGCGCUGCGGAGUGAUGGGCCCAGUGCUCAGGAGUGAGUUUGAGACUCAGCUAGCUCGGCAGGGCGUCGAGGUGCUGCGCGGACCUGUCAAGAUCGACGUUCCCAGUGAAGCCGAGGCCACCACGGGAGCUGUUCAGAAGCCGGCUCCGACGGCACGCGUUGGGCUUAUAUCUCAUAUUGGUGGUCACAAAUUUGCUGGCAACAUCAUCAUCUAUCUGCCACCGUCCAUGAAGACGGCUAAUGGAGAGAAACAUCCCCUGGCUGGGUAUGGCCUAUGGACUUCUGCGCGAGGCUAUACGAGCACGGUGCUCAAGCGUAACACGGAUAAGCCAAAAACCUGCGAGAAAAAGACACCACGCAGGCGAGCACUGGCCAUCCUGACAAUCGCCAUCUUGGCCACAGCCCUCCUCAGCGCCACAACCGACAUUGGCAACCCCUUCGGCAGGAAACCCAAGGGCGUCUUAAACGGCGAGACCUUCGUCCCCUUCAAGGUCAUCUCGACGGAGCGCACCUCGCCCACCACCUUCAUCCUGACCGUCUCGGCGCCGGCGCCGCACCAGGCGGACAACGCCGCCCUGAUCCGGGACGCAUGGGCCCACGGCCUGUGGUCCGUCGAGAUCAAGCAGCCGCAGCUGCAGAUCGCACGCAACUACACGCCACUGCCCCCGGCGGUGGCUGCUGCCGGCGGUGACAACGGUGACGGCACCUCAGCCACGGCUCAACUGCGCUUCCUCGUCCGCAGGUACGACGGCGGCGAGAUGUCCACGUACCUGUCCCGGCUGGGGCCCGGCGACGACGUCUGGCUGCGGGGCCCGCACCUCGGGUUCGACGUGGCCGCGCGGCUCGGCGCCGCCGGCGAGCGCGUGGUGUUCCUGGCCGGGGGCACGGGGGUAGCGCCCGCGCUGCAGGUCGCGCGGCACCUGCUGUCUUUGCGGCAGGGAGGAGGAGAGGAUGGGAAGCUAUCGAUGGAUAUCAUCUGGGCGAGUAGGUCGCGCGCCGACUGUGCCGGGUGCCCGCGGCCUCUUCUCCAGGGGGCUGAAGCGAGCAGGGGAUUCUGGGGCCGGCUGGCCUCGGUCGCUGGCGGGUCUGGGCCGGCCGGGAACCAGGACGUGGAGGGCAUUCAGCAUCCUGUUGUGAGGGAGCUGCGGGAGCUGCAGGCUGCGUACAGGAGCCGGGGCCACGAGCUGGAGUUCAGGUGCGUCGCGGACGACGAGGCCGGCGCAAUCAGCGGCGCGGACGUCACGAGGGCGAUCGAGCGCUCGCGCACUCCGUCGCCAUCAACGGCAGUGAGUGUGCCGACCGAGCGGGCGUCGUGUUACUACCACUCGCAGCGGCUACUACAGCAGAGCACGCAAGAGUCCGAUGCCGGGUCGAAGGGCCAGGGUGGGUUGGACACGGCAGCAAGUGAGUGCACCUGUGGUGCCAAUGGCGCGAGCGGCAAGAACCUGCUCAUGAUCUCCGGGCCAGACGGGUUCGUCAGCGCGUACGUCGGGCCCAAGGUAUGGGCAGAAGGUGCUGAGCGACAGGGUCCCGUGGGAGGACUCGUCCGGAAACUCAUGCAAAAGAGCCCGGAUGCCUGGAGGGACUGGCUCGUGCUCAAACAAUGA